UAUUUUGAAUGUGUAAGCAAUGUUUUCUUGUGGUGUAAAAUGCUGAAUUUUACAUUUACAUAUACUGUUAAAAUAAUUGCCCAUGGAAAAAAGUCUAGUGGUAACAUAACACUAAAAUUGAGGGAAAAUGUCCUCAUAAUUAUUGAAAAUCGGCACAAUUGCAAAUAUGGGCCAUAGUAUUUUUUAAAUAAUGAUGUUAUAUGACCAGGUUUUAAGGGCACUUUUUCAAUUGUAUGUAAAUGAAACAUGAAUGACAACCCCCAUAUAACUAUUUGGAUUGUCCGGCCUGAGUCCUCGAUGACAUAUGACUUCCAUCAAUAGUGGUAGUCUGCGAUGUCACCAUGCGUGUGUGCGUGUGUGAAGAAUUGGGCAUGGGUGAGACAGAGAAGCCUCCAGCAUCGGACAAUGGGUUCCCACUGUGUGUUGCUAUGAAUGCCAUUAUUCAUAGACAUUAAUAAUCUCCUUUUCUCCCUCUAAGGAUUGACAUCCUGACUAUAAUGGCUUUAUGCUGUGUCAACCUCGGAGCCUUUGUACACAUUCACGCGUCAUAUGUACAUAGCGAGGUCACGUUUGUGUAAUUGGCCAAACCCUUGGCUGUACACGGUGCCACUGGGGUUGAGUGAAAGCGCUUUCUUGAAACUUCGGUGGCUGUAGCAGAGGACUAAGCCCACGGGACACGGCAUCGCUCUCCAGUUUGCAUCUUGUUUGUGUUUAGUUUAUAUGGAAAUGAAUGGAGCUACUGGUUUUCGAAAAAACUUGUUGAGGACGGUGUACUUCGCCAUGGCAACACAAGUCGUAUAAGAAUGCUGAGCUAAGUAUGGGAACAGCUGAAAGCACAAAGAGAAAACAAAAGUCAACAAAUCCAAGCACUGCACAGAAGGAAACAAAUUCCAGCACAAGCAUGGCAGACCAGAAAGUCAACUUGGACGACUUUAAAGUCCAGACAGCCAAACAUCCUAACAUGGGCUCGGCCCCUCUGCGCCCGCACACCGAACAGUCCAAAGACCGGCUCUCCAAAAGGCUUUCGACUGAGUCCAACGGGACCAGUGAAGGAGGCGCUGGCUCAUCCACACCAGUGGAGGUGACCGCUUUGGAAGAGUCGUUUCGCCGCUUCGCCAUCCACGGCGACACUCGCGCCACCGGCAAGGACAUGCACGGAAAGAACUGGUCCAAGCUCUGCAAGGACUGUGGCGUGAUUGACGGCAAGAACAUCACCCUCACUGACGUUGACAUCGUGUUCAGCAAAGUCAAGAAGAAAUCCUGUCGCACCAUCACAUACGACGAGUUCAAGGUUGCACUCGGAGAGCUGGCCAGGAAAAAAUACAAAGAAAAGCCCGGAGAGGAGGCUGAGACCGAGGUCUUCCAGCUGAUCGAGGGGAAAGCGCCGGUCAUCGCAGGAGUCACGCGAGCCGUGGCUUCCCCGACAGUGAGCCGCCUGACGGACCCGACCAAGUUCACCGGGUCACACAAGGAGCGCUUUGACAACACCGGGCGUGGGAAGGGUAAGGCGGGACGAGUGGACAUGGUUGACACUUCGGGAUACGUCUCGGGGUACAAACAUCGAGGGUCCUACGAAAAGAAAGUGAAUAAACCUACAGAUGGCAAACCCAUGUGAGGAAAUGGACAUUUGAUCAACUCCUAGGAUAAUUUUCUAUUAAAUAAAUAAUCAAAGAAAGCACAAAAGAAUAGAAUUUCAUAUAUAUUUCAACCCAUCUAUGUUGUGUCUGUGUGUGUGUGUGUGUGUGUGUGAGAGAGAGAUGCUUUAGAGUUCCUCUCUUUGAGAAGUGUGAGAACUGGAAAACUGUUUACAUCUAUUUUUACCAAGUCAUCACCAGCUGGUACAUUCCUGUCUGAAUGCAAGUUACUGCCAAACACUGAAGGGAACACCAGAGAAAACCGCUAUGCCAUGAAUACUGAAGCUUUGUUGUUACGAUAGGGCCUUAUAUUUAUUGAACACAAUGAACAACAUGCCAAGAAAAAGCAGUGGCACAACAGUUGGAGUAAUUAACAACAUUGCACUGUCCAAUGGAAUUCUUUUUCUAAUCCUGUGCGCAGUUGGGGAAAUGUAUUUUUCCUUAGUUGAGUUUAAGUAAGAAUUAGCACAUUUUUAAAAUAAAAUACUGUAUUAUUAAUGCUUAGUCUUUUGAAAGAUGUGUCCAUCUUCUGUGUUAAUUGUCUGUCUGCCAUCCCUACUAGUGAACUUAACUCUUAGGAAAGUAGGAAAUCUGCUGUUCAUUUUAUUUUUUAGACUCACUAAUCGACUGAAUAAUUCGCCUUCAGGUCAAACCAAGAACAUAUAUAUGAAAUGUUUUUUUGGCUUGUUUCAAAAUGUUUGAAAACCGUUUUUGCUUUUUUGACUAUGUAACACAAAAAAGACCCUACCAUGCAAACCUUUCAUACACUUCUACAAAACAAUAAGAGAAUCUAUUUUCUCUCGAACCCAUUUUUCCAACAUGUAUAUUUUAAAUUGGUGUAUUUAGCUGAAGGAAGCUCAAACUACAAUGUAAGACCGUAGGUUUUUAAGAUUGUAUUUUUAACAUUUUACUUAUAUUUCCUCAUCAGAUUUCUAUACAGUAGUUCUAAUAUAUUUGUGGUAAGAUUGUGUAUAUUCAGAAAAGGUUAUAGCCACAUGGCGUAAUUUAUAACACUGGCUUCCUAUGUUGUUUUUCUGUAUUGCCGUACUUUGUGCAUGUUUAUGUAUAUUUGCAUUUGAUUCAGAAGCAUAAAGAUGACAGGAGUGUGUCAUAUCUGAUCUGAACUACUAUGAGUAUAAACAAUGGCUUAAAUCAUUUAUAUUCAAAUACAAUGUGAUCAAUUUGUGGGAUAAUGAUAAAAUUUUGUUUGCUUGUAAUCAAUAUGUACCAACUUGUACAUACAAAGUCCUCCAAUGUUAUAUUUGUCAACGGGUAAAGAUUGAGAGUACAUUUUAUGUGUAAUACUGUCCUCUAAUGCAAAAAUUCAAUUGAAGUUAUUUCUAAUGUUGUAUGGUCACAUAAGAUAAAAGGGAAUAUUUUGCAAACAAUACACUUUUGUAAAAUAUUUUUCCAUCAUAGUGACCGUUUGUGUUACACACUACCUGUAGCCUGAGCUGAUGAAGAAUCGUGCAUCAUGGAAAUAUAGCAGCUAUUAGUGUGUUUGUUUUGUCUGCUGCAGUAGCUUGAUCUGUUUUCUGUGCUGAAUGCCAAAUACCAUGCACCUUUAAUGUGGAGGAACAAUACUGUCUUAUCUUUUAAUAACUUUUAAUGUAAUAUUGUGCCCUUGUGCAUGCAGUGUGUUUUUGUUCUUUAGACUUCUUAAUGCGUGUUCAUGAUUUGUAAUGCAUUACUUAAAAUAAAAAACGCACCCAAAACA